GUCAAAAACAAGCAGCUCAUGGACCUGUUGAGGCAGAAAGUGCGUCUCGCUCAGCCGUAUGCUGGUGUUUUCUUGAAGAAAGAUGACAAUAACGAGUCGGAUGUGGUGGACAGUCUGGAUGCGGUUUAUCACACCGGGACGUUUGUGCAGAUCCACGAGAUGCAGGACCUCGGAGACAGACUGCGCAUGAUUGUGAUGGGACACAGAAGAAUCCGCAUUAAUAAGCAGCUGGACGUGGAGCCGGAGGAGCCGGUGUCGCUGCAGGAGGAGGGCGAGCAGCCGAAAGCUGAGCGGCGGAAGCAGAAGCGAUCACGCAAGGACUCUGCGUCGCCGCCGGAGCCGAUGGAGGAGAAGGUGCAGGAGGCCCAGUUUGUGGUGGAGGCGCUUCCUCUGUCCGGCGUCCUCUUGGUGGAGGUGGACAACGUGGUCCACGAGGAGUUCCAGGUCACAGAAGAGGUCAAGGCCCUGACUGCUGAAAUCGUCAAGACUAUCCGUGACAUUAUCGCUCUGAAUCCACUGUACAGAGAGUCGGUGCUCCAGAUGAUGCAGGCGGGUCAGAGAGUGGUGGAUAAUCCCAUCUACCUGAGCGACAUGGGGGCGGCACUGACUGGGGCCGAAUCGCACGAGCUACAGGACGUCCUGGAGGAAACAAACAUUCCCAAACGACUCUACAAAGCCCUUUCUCUGCUGAAGAAAGAAUACGAGCUGAGUAAACUACAGCAGCGACUCGGCAGGGAGAAGGUUGGACUACAAGCUGGACCUGGUUUUAGCCUGGUAGACCACCUUAGACCAUCAACAAGACUUCCUUUUUUCCCUCUUAAAAUCCCCAGCGUUACCCGUAACUACUUAGACUGGCUGACCUCCAUGCCUUGGGGCACCAACAGCAAGGAAAACUUAGAGUUGAGUCAGGCCAAAGAGGUUUUGGAAGAGGACCACUAUGGAAUGGAGGACGUAAAGAAACGCAUUCUGGAGUUCAUAGCCGUAAGCCAGCUGAGAGGCAGCACACAGGGAAAGAUCUUGUGUUUCUAUGGGCCUCCUGGAGUUGGAAAGACCAGUAUCGCCCGCUCAAUCGCCAGAGCACUUAAUCGCGAAUACUUCCGUUUUAGCAUGGGAGGCAUGACGGAUGUGGCGGAAAUUAAAGGCCACAGGAGAACAUAUGUUGGUGCAAUGCCAGGAAAAAUCAUCCAAUGUCUAAAGAAAACCAAGACUGAAAACCCAUUGGUCCUUAUUGACGAGGUUGACAAAAUAGGUCGAGGUUACCAGGGUGACCCAUCUUCUGCACUACUUGAGCUUUUAGAUCCAGAACAGAACGCUAACUUUCUUGACCACUACCUGGAUGUGCCCGUGGACCUGUCUAAGGUGCUUUUCAUUUGUACGGCCAAUAUUCUCGACACCAUUCCCGAACCCUUAAGAGACCGAAUGGAAAUGAUCAACGUAUCAGGUUACGUUGCUCAGGAGAAACUGGCCAUUGCGGAGAGAUACUUGGUACCCCAGUUGCGAACUCUAUGUGGUUUGGAUGAACAGAAGGCAAAAAUCACCCCCGAGGCUCUGAGCGUCCUCAUCAGACAGUACUGCCGGGAGAGCGGUGUCAGGAACCUUCAGAAGCAAGUCGAGAAGGUGUUCCGGAAAGUAGCGUUCCGGAUUGUCAACGGCGAGGAAACAGAGGUCAACGUCACCCAGGAGAACCUUCAGGAUUACGUCGGGAAGCCCAUCUUCACUGUGGACCGAAUGUAUGACGUCACACCGCCGGGAGUUGUCAUGGGACUGGCAUGGACAGCAAUGGGUGGCUCGACGCUCUUCAUCGAGACAUCUCUGAGGCGACCGAGAGAACCGCAAGGGAAAGAUGGAGCCAAAGAGGGAUCACUGGAGGUCACGGGGCAGCUGGGAGACGUGAUGAAGGAAAGCGCCAAGAUUGCGUACACGUUUGCGCGCUCAUUCCUCAUGAAGGAGCAACCUGACAACGAUUUCCUCGUGGGCUCCCACAUACACCUCCAUGUGCCUGAGGGUGCAACUCCCAAAGACGGGCCGAGUGCCGGAUGCACUAUUGUGACUGCUUUGCUGUCCUUGGCCACUAACACACCAACGCGCCAGAACGUGGCCAUGACGGGGGAAGUGUCCCUGACCGGGAAGAUCCUGCCUGUUGGAGGAAUCAAGGAAAAGACCAUCGCUGCGAAGAGAGCUGGUGUGACCUGCAUCAUCCUGCCUGCAGAAAACAGAAAGGACUUUUCGGACCUGGCCGCGUACAUCACCGAAGGGCUGGAAGUGCAUUUCGUGGAAAACUACAGCGAGAUCUACAAAAUCGUGUUCUCUGGACAAUAAUGCGUAGUGCUGUUUUAUCUUUCGGUACGCCGCGAUUCUGAGUCCUCCGCGUCAGGAAAUCAGGAGCACACAGAACCAGGUUAAUCCCUUCUGUUCUUGUGAGUUUUUAUCCCACAGAAGUAGCACCUAAAAUGCCACGCAUCGUUGCCUCUUGAUUCGUGGGACGUGGAUCAGAAAGUCGUCAACAUUCCUGAAACCUUCGAGACUCUGGGAUCCCGAGAUUGCUGCUACGCUGCCUCCAGUGAAGGUUUUAUAUUCACAUCAUGUUUAGUUUAAUCUCGAGUGUCAUAUUUGUAAAUA